GUGCCUGCUUCCGGUUCCGCCCCGGUCUCUCUCUGCCGCUCAGCCUCGUCCGGCCGCUCUCUCGCUCUCGCUCUCGCUCUCUCUCUGGCGCGGUGCCUCGAGGGAGUCGUCGUCCCGCCUCCCCCGGUGCCUGGCUCUCGGCGGCGGCGGCGGCGGCGGCCAUGGGCGCGUACCUGUCCCAGCCCAGCACGGGCAAGAGCUCCGGGGACGGCGCCGGGAACGGGCCUCGCCCGCUGCACUUCGGCUACAGCGCCAUGCAGGGAUGGCGGGUCUCCAUGGAGGACGCCCACAACUGCAUCCCGGAGCUGGACGGCGAGACGGCCAUGUUCUCGGUCUACGACGGACACGGAGGGGAAGAGGUGGCCCUGUACUGCGCCAAGUACCUCCCGGAGAUCAUCAAGGAGCAGAGGGCCUACAAGGAGGGGAAGCUCCAGAAGGCCCUGGAGGACGCCUUCCUGGCCAUCGACGCCAAGCUGACCACCGAGGAGGUGAUCAGGGAGCUGGCGCUGAUGGCCAAGCGCUCCCGGGAGGACGGCGAGGAGAAAGAGGAGAAGGUGGCCGACGAAGACGACGUGGACAAAGAAGAGGCUGCCUUGCUGCAUGAGGAAGCCACAAUGACCAUUGAGGAGCUGCUGACUCGUUAUGGCCAGAACUGCGUCAAGGGCAAGCUGGCCACACCGGAGGACGCCAGCCGAGGGCCAAGCCUGAACGGUGAGGCGGAAGCUGAGGAGAUUGUGAGGCGUGGUGGAGAGCAGGAGGAGGAGAAAGAGACAAACAGUGGCAAGCGGAGCCCUGCGUCCACCACCAGCGGCAUCCCCCCUGGACCGGACGCGGCUGGAGGAGGAGAUGCUGGUGCCCCGGCACAGAAGGUGACAACUGAUGGAGGGUCUCCUGCCAGGGCAGAAGCUGAGCCAUCCUGCUCUUCGGCCAGUAAGGCUCAGCGAGCCGCCAAGUCCAGGUUCUUUGAGGAUAGCGAGGAUGAGUCAGAGGAUGUGGAAGAAAAGGAAGAGGAGGAGGAGGAGGAAGAGGAAGAUGAAAGCGAGGAGUGCAGUGAGGAUGAGGACGGCUACAGCAGUGAGGAAGCAGAAAACGAGGAGGAAGAGGAGGAGGAUGAAGACGAGGAAGAGGAUGACACAGAAGAAGCAGAAGAGGAUGAAGAGGAAGACGAAGACAUGAUGCUUCCCGGCAUGGAUGGAAAGGAGAAGCCUGGUUCGGACAGUGGCACAACAGCCGUGGUGGCCCUGAUCCGAGGCAAGCAGCUGAUUGUGGCCAAUGCUGGGGACUCUCGCUGCGUGGUGUCAGAGAGUGGCAAAGCCGUGGACAUGUCCUACGACCACAAGCCGGAGGAUGAGGUGGAGCUAGCCAGGAUCAAAAACGCUGGCGGGAAGGUGACCAUGGAUGGCCGGGUGAACGGGGGCCUCAACCUCUCCCGGGCCAUUGGAGAUCACUUCUACAAGCGCAACAAGAACCUUCCCCCAGAGGAACAGAUGAUCUCAGCGUUGCCAGAUAUCAAGGUGCUGACCAUCAAUGAUGAUCACGAUUUCAUGGUCAUUGCCUGCGAUGGCAUCUGGAACGUCAUGAGCAGCCAGGAGGUGGUGGAUUUCAUCCAGUCCAAGAUCGCUCAGAAGGGAGAGGAUGGAGAACUUCGGCUGCUUUCAUCCAUUGUGGAAGAGCUCCUGGACCGCUGCCUGGCUCCUGACACCUCUGGCGAUGGGACAGGCUGCGACAACAUGACCUGCAUCCUCAUCUCCUUCAAGCCCCGUCCCAGCCUGGGCCCAACAGGCGCAGAAGGCGGCAAGCGGAAACUGGAUGAGGAGGAGAGCAGCGCUGCGCCAGCAACAGCCUCCCCGGCCCCCUCGCCCACGGAAGAGAGCUGCAGCAAGAAAGCUCGGCAGGACUAGCGGCUGCCCUGGGCGGGCCGGGGAAGGGUGGCCCGCUCUUUCUCUGGACUCCUGUUUUCUAAGCAAGGGUGGCGAUGACGAUGCUGACGAACUCUGGAGGACGCCUGGUCCCGGCCUUUUUUUAGCCUUAGGGAGCGCCCCACGUCUGUCUGUCUGUCUGUUUGCGUCACAUGGAGAGGAGGAGGGGACCAGGGCAGCACCCCGCCACUCUCUGAAGCCAUUCCAAAGUGAGAAUGGUGGGACGGGCCAGACCCCAGGGCCCCAAUCCCCUCCCCCCCCACUGUCUCCAUGUGGUUGUUGCCAUUUCUGUGCCCAUGAUGUUUCUGUUGGUGGGAAGAAGUUUUCCAUGGGGGCGGCUCUUGUCUGCACCUCUAUUUAAGGCCUUCUCAUUUUUAUUUGGGGGGCUGGCUGCCCCCUUCUCCCCCCACAUUUGGCUACCAAGCCUCACUCUGUAUUGUUCACUUUCAACUGAGAUUUUUUCAAACUAAAAGCUGAAAAACGGAA